AAUUUUAAUUUUGCUGCUUAUUUGUAUUUGACUGAAUACUGCAUUUGUGCAUCCGGUGAAUGCUGUGUUUUGUCACGCCUUAAAAGAGGCGAGCUAUUGAUACCAUCAGCGGAGCGUUACACUUACGAUAUUUCAUUGCUGGACAAAAACAAUGUUGAGACGGGUGAAAUUCGAGAACGAGUCAGUCAUCAGCAACUUCUCCGUAGUAAAUCGCUGUGGGCUCGAAAUGUUAUCAGAGUGUUCCUGAAAAAUUCAUGCGCGGCGGAUCACGAACGACUUACUGUUAAGAAGGAAUUAGUUGAGAAACUGGGUUUGGAUCAUAUGUGUUGGGAUGAGGUCUUUGGCGGACCGGUUGCUGAGUUCCCGAGGACGCCGUUAAUGCAUCGAGGGCCAUCAAAAGGAUCACUUCGACCACCUCCACUUCAUCUAAACGGGCAGACCAUGGAUGAUUUCGAUGCGCAGUAUGAGGCUGAUUUUGUUAAUAUCACAGAAAAAGAAAAAAAACGGAAACGGACCAAGAAAACAGACUUGGAGAACAAAAGUAUCGAGGAGAAGAAGGAAGAAAAAAGAAGGAAAAAGGAAAGUAUAAAAAAUGAGAAGAAAAAACGAGCGAUAGCGCAGCAGCAGGAGGAAUUGGAGGGUUUGUUUGAGCAGGCUCGAAAACUAAGCAUCGAUGAUCUGUCACGCUGGGAGCAGGACGAGCGUCUGUUGACAGGAGCCGAAAUUGUGGAACUAAAACAGCUGAUACGACAGACUAAAGAAAAGAUCCGCGAAGAAAAACGCCUUGCGAAACAGCGCGAGAAGGAAGCAUUGUUAGAGUGGAAAAAGCCGAGAGAUGAUGUGGCUUGUGAUGAUCUCCAGCCUUUGCCAGAAUAUGCGCCGCUGCGACUUCCGAUCUGGAUGUCCGAUGAUGACUUCGGCGAUCACUUGUUUAUAUUCCAGUUUUUUCAAAGUUUCGCAGAACUGUUACCAAUCAGAGAGGUGCAUGGUACUAGCAAUAUCAAAUUUGCUGAAAUAGUAUCAGCGAUCCGAAGCCCGAGUCCAGAUACGGAUGAUAUGUUUGCCCAGCUAAUGCAUAUCUUGCUGAAAGCUAAAACGGAGCGAGCCGACGAGGAGGAUGGUGAUGAAGGUGAUUUUUAA